UGCGAAAAGAGCUGAUGGCUGAGGCAGCUGCAAGCGAGAAAGGGCUCUCCGUGGAGAAAGAGGACCUCACAUCCCUGGACCAGGAAGGGGCAGCUGCCCCCUCUGUUUCAGGAGUCUAUUUCAUUUGCCCGUUGACUGGUGCAGUUGUAAGGAAAGACAAGAAGGAAAAGCACAUCAGAGAAGCCAUCCAGUCGUAUUUCUCUGUAGACCCAGUGGCUGCCUCAAUCAUGGAGAUUCACACCUUCAAUAAGGACCGGGAGAAAGUACGAGUGGGUGUGGAGACCACGGCCAAAUACUUGGAUAAUAUCUAUCUCCAUCCAGAGGAGGAGAAGUACCAGAAAAUCAAACUGCAGAACAAAGUGUUUCAGGAAAGGAUAAGCUGCCUGGAAGGGAUACACAGAUUUUUCCAGGCUAUUGGGUUUGAGACAAAAACACUGCCUGUUCCAGGACAAGAGACCACAGAGGAGUACUACGUACUGAAAGAAGAAAUGCUGACCAAGUUGGAAGACCUCAAGGACUACAAAGAGCAGCUUUUAAGCUCUGAGCCUGUGAGAGCCCAGCUGGAUCGCCAGCUCUGUGUAUUUAAACCAUCCCCUGAAGCUGCUCGGUUUGAGCUGCCAAGCGACUUUUACAACCUCACUGCAGAAGAGAUCAAACGAGAGCAACGGCUCCGGACAGAAGCAGUGGAGAAGGCUUCGAUGCUGAGGACAAGAGCCAUGCGAGAGAAAGAAGAACAAAGGGAAAUGCGGAAGUACAACUACACCCUGGUGCGAGUCCGGUUUCCCGAUGGAUACAUCCUCCAAGGGACUUUUUAUGCACGAGAAUCAGUAUCUGUGCUCUACAACUUUGUGAGAGAAGCACUCAGAGAUGACUGGCUGCCCUUUGAGCUGUUGGGACCUGGAGGUCUCAAGCUGACUGAUGAGAACUUGGCCUUCAAUGAAUGUGGGCUGGUGCCCUCAGCCCUCCUGACUCUCGCCUGGGACGCAGCAGUCAUGGCAGACAUCCAGGCGUUGGGAGACGAGCAGCCAGCAAGCCCCCUGAAACCAGAACUUCUCUCCAGAGUCCAGACACUGUUAUGAAAUAAAGGGGAGUGGAUUCAGUGCUGGUGGUUUUAGACUGUUCCCUCAUUUUCCCAUACAGACUGUUGGAGCUUCCAGCUACGUGACCUCAGAAAUGACUUUGUUUUAGCUCUGCAGAGUGGGAGUCUAGAUUCCACCAUGUCACACCAACCUUGCGGUCACCUCUACAACUCCAGUAGCCAUACA